CUGAGUGACGCUGCGGCUGGGGAAGGCUCCAAGGCAGGAAAGAGAGGCUGGCCGGGGACAGGCCCGCAAGGUCACGGCCGAGCUCCGGGCCUGCGGGCCACCCGCGCUGGAGGCGCGCAAACCGGAGGCGGGCCCCCAGGCCAGGCCAGUCGGGGCUUGCGCGGGGCCGGGGCAGAGGACCCGGGUGCCGCAGCCGGCGGGGCCGGCGGGGCCGACGCAGCCUCACCUGGGCCGCGAGGAGCAGGAAGGCCGCCGCGAGCCGCGCCAGCGCCGCCACCGCCGCCGCCGCCGCCGCCAUGUCGGCCGGUCCGCAGGCGUCGGCAGAUGUUUCCCAGCAACGCCCCGUCGCUCCUGGGCGCGCCUGCGCCCUGUGUGCUCCGCGCCUGCGCGCGAGGGCAGGGUCAAAGGGCGCGGCGGCAGCGCCUGCGCCGAGCGGCGCGGUGCGGCAAGAUGGCGGACAAAGAGAAGAAGAAAAAAGAGAGCAUCUUGGACUUAUCUAAGUACAUCGACAAGACGAUCCGGGUGAAGUUUCAGGGAGGCCGCGAAGCCAGCGGCAUCCUGAAAGGGUUCGACCCACUCCUCAAUCUCGUACUUGAUGGUACCGUCGAAUACAUGAGAGACCCCGACGACCAGUACAAGCUCACAGAGGACACCCGGCAGCUGGGCCUGGUGGUGUGCAGAGGCACGUCUGUGGUGCUCAUCUGCCCGCAGGACGGCAUGGAGGCCAUCCCCAACCCCUUCAUCCAGCAGCAGGACGCCUAGCGGGCUCGGAGGGCCCGGGACACAGCCUCCCGAGGACUCGGAGCUGCCCCUCCCGCAUCACGCGCCACCCAGGAAUGGGGUUUCCUUCUUGUAUAGGUUUUGUUUUUGUUUUCUUAAUAAAAUUGCAAACCUCAA